GAAGGCUUUUGGAUCGUGGUAUAUUGAUAUAAGACCGUAACCACAGCAACUUUCCUUCACUUUACCCAAAAAAAGGAAUAUCUCACACGGCAGACCCAACCGACCACAGGAACAAACUCCUAUCACAGAAACACAGGAAGAUGAUGAUGGCGUGGAUGAAGAAGAUUUUUAACCUGCUGUCUCUGAUCUGUCUGUGCACCGCUCAGCAGAAAUGGACCAAGGACACCUCCGAGUGGGACCAAAGAGACAAAUCAAAUGGCAAGAGUUGUUCAAACCUGACUCAAGUACUGGACAACUGGAAAUAUGCCAUCAUGUACCAGGUGAAGGAUCUGCUGGUCAACAAUCAUGCGUCUGUUUUACCCGAUUAUAUCAGGAUCCAGGGCCUCUCUGAUGCGAUGGGAGAUCUCUAUAAGCAGUUUGACACCCUUAAGGAGAACCUGGGGAAAUUAUCCAGUAAGUUUGACAGAGUGGAAAGCUUUGUGGACGAUCGCCAGGCAAGAAGAUUUCCCAGGCCAAAGGUCUGGACGCCUCCGAGACAAGUGCCACAACACAUACCCCUGAAAAACCCAACACGGGUCACAGGCAAAGAAUUAUGGGCUCAAAGACUGAGAGCCAGACGAGGCCCUGGUACUUAACAGACUGAAGACUGAAUUUACUUCUUAUAGAGAUGUACGGUAAUAAUGAUGGUUUUUUAAUGAUAACCUGCUUUGACAUUAGCCCAUCAGGUAUUACUAUUCGACAAAUUCUGUUGUUUACGAAUGUACGCGUUGAUUGUUGGGUAUAUAUCGCAUAUGAAAGGACCAAUGGGUUAUUUGUAUAGUUUGAUGGAAUUUAUUAUUCAUAUUAGAUAUUAAUGUAUUCAUUUUUGAUUGACAGGAGAUUUAGAAACAGAAACAAUGUCAGACAAUAAUUAAGUAUUUAAGUGUAUGUUAUGAAUGUUAUAGUGAGAAUUAUGUCAUCAUAUGUAGGACAAAUAUUGAAGGUGCAGUGUAUUAAAUAUUAAAAUUUAACCUUAGCAAUUCCGUAAGUGUAAAUGUUAUAUUUUUAUUGCAACCUCACGUGAAUGUGUGUAUUUUGCCAUGUUUAUUAAGGUAAAAUAUAAACACACCAAUGUCUAUAAAGUAUUCAAUCAACAUCA